UUCCAAUUUCGAUCAUUCGAUCCUCGAGCUUCCAAUCACAAGCCAUGCGGCUUCUCCAGUGCAUCCUGGCCCUCGUGGUCCUCUCCUGUGCAGUCGGUCUCUCCUUCGCGGCUCCCCGAAGUUCUAAGUCGAAACGCGCUCCCGAGCCCCUCCAAUCUGUUCCGGCAGUGGAGGAGGACAAAUCUGACAUCAAGGACGCCACUAGAGCAAAGAAACAAACAACCACAUUUUGCGUAGAAAUCAAAGCGGGAAAACCAGUGAAGACAGAAUGUGACGAGACCCAGAUUGGCAAAAAGGUCUCCUACAUUCCAGUGCCAAUUAUUCAGCAGUAUCCAGCAGUCCAGGUCAACCCUCAGGCGCCAUCACAACCAACUCCACCUGCACCGGGACCUGCCCCAGCACCACAACCUGAUCAUCAACCAGCCCAACCGGGUGCACCUCAAAUACACAUUGGUGUCGGCGGUGGAUUUACACCAGGUAGUAUUAUCUACCCACCCGGUACAGUUCAAUAUCCCGGUGCAUCUGUGAUAGUCCCAGGUUCACAAGGUUCGAUAACCGUUCCAGGAGCUCCAUCGGGCGGUCCCGGGAACCCAGGUUCUCCAGACACACCCGGAUCUCCAUGCCCACCAUGUCCUCCAUGCUACUGUCCACCAGGUGCGGGUGUCCAGCCACUGGUAACGAUGUACAGUAGCGGUCUUGGUGAACAGCCGGGCGUAUACAACGUAGCAAUGGAUCCAAGGAUGAUAAUGAUACCUGGAGUCAAUCAGAGGAGUGCUGGUAUGUUGAUAGUUCCAGGUACGGAUCAAAGGAACAUUGGAACGCCGUUAAUUCCGGGAGUGGAGCAGAGAACUACGGAUAUUGUAAUGAUGCCGGGAGGGGACCAGAGAAAUCCGGAGGUGAUGUUCAUACCAGGGAUGGAGCAGAGUAAUGGUAAUCCAUUGACGGUUCCUGGGGUAGACCAGAGAUCCUCGGGAGCACCGGUACCAAUGGACCAUAUUAGCAUAUCGGUAGGAGCGGCACCCAGCCCAAUGGGCCUGCAGAUGAGGACCGCACAGGGACCAGACGCCCUGGCGGACGCCUCCAGACAAGAUCAACAACAAUUCUACUAUUCUGGUAAUCAGCCUCAGUUCUUCAGGUAUGCAUUGCCGGGAAGUAGCGCAAGAUUUGCCAUACCUUCAGACCUGCAGAACACUGGCUCGUGGGGAGCAGUGCCAAGGCUAGCGGAACCAAGAUGCUUCGAUCAUACCACUCACCCACCUCUGCUUGCCCUUCAUCCGGCCUCCGGACAGGUGCAAACUUUGAGAAGUGAGGGAAGAGCUAAGCAAUGGACCCUCCGAUCAGCAGAUCAGGCUGGAGAUAGUUCAGAGACGAAACCCGACGGCCCACCUCCACCAGCACAAGAAGGAGGACCGUCGGUGCCACAAGAGGGAAAGUCAGGAAUGACACCGAGUGAGAUAAUGAAUCAGAUGAGAGCUAAUUCACCUGCCAAUCGAAACACUCGGGAGGAGAACGCCGAUGCUAACGUCCAGAUGCGCUUCAUCGGACCUGGUGGACAAUCGUAUCUGCUUGGAGCCCCCAGCGGGGACGUGGGAGAGAAGCGGGAGGACUUUAACAAGCGAAAUGUUGAAGUCACCGAAAAUAAUAUAGAGUAGUUCAAUUUAAUAUAAUCUUAAAAGUGUCAUUUUUAUAUAGAUUCCAAAUUAAUGAAUAAAUUUUUGUAUAAUUAA